UGUGCGUUCGAAGUUAAUUUUGUUUCAGCGAAAAAAGCGAAAUUAGAGCUCUGCAUUAUUGCCCGGAAAUGGCACCAAUAACACGGCGCACAUCGGUCGAGUUGGAGCGGAAGGAGCGGAGCAGAAAAGCGAAGCUCCUCUUUCUACAAAAACGGGUAAGCUGUGUUUUACAGGAUUGCUUGUCGGAAAAGCGCCGCUGGUUUCUCGCGGAUCCGAACCGAAGCAAAAGUCAGCUCAGGUGGCGGACCCAACGAAAGGAGCCAAAGGCAGCCGGAAACGGAGGUUGCGAAAGACAAUUCAUCCGACUCGACCCAGUUGAUCCAACCGAAGGACUGAUGCACACUCCUGAACCUCGACAAUCGAAGUCAGGAUCGGUUCCAACACUCAGCCCAGCGAAAGGUCAUGAGGGCACCGGGAAGCGAAAGUUCUUGAAAACGAUCCCUUUUGAGAACGUUAAGCCCCUCGUUAAAUCCUUGGAAUAUGGAUUUCGCUACAAAACUCCAAAUAGGGGAUCCAAAGGAGUAACGUGCUUUUACAACUGCCGUCGAAUAAAGGUGCAUGCCAAGGUCCAGUGCAAUCGGAAGGUCAUGGUGUUCAUUCCUAAUGCCGAGAAGGAUGAGUGCAGCGUGAGCAUUAAAGGACAGCACAUCUGCAACGAUAUGGACUCGAAGUCGAUGGCGAAAAUGCCCUUAAAACAGGAGGAUUACAACACUAUCAACCCUAUGCUUCAUGCUGGGUAG